GUGGUAUCAAUAGCUUUCCCGGCGCAUGGGGAGGUGUUGACUACUCGACACCUCCCUGAAGCAAUGAUUUCACGAAGCAAUUAAUCAUAUCGAUGUUUUAUUCUUAUCCGGGUUUUACCCACCCGUCUUCUCUGGAGGCGCCGGGGACGGAAUCAGUUAACUCGUCUAUUGAAGAAGAACUUGGUGGGGCACAGUUGGUCGUCAAUGUCUACCUCUUGUUCGUUCUAAUUGUUCUGACGAUCGUCUUUUUUAACUUAUCGUUUGAGGAUCAUCAACAAAGGGCGGUAGCUCGACGCCACGCCAGGCAGAAGACAUUGCGUGAUAACUAUAGGCGCAACCUUGCCAUCUGGAAUGCGAGUCAAACGGGUCUACAGACCCUUAGUACUACGCGCGCGGGAUUCUUUUCUUCUUGGCCACGUGAUGCCAAGCGAUCACCUAGCGACUCUGCACUACAGGUCCACGCACUAACACGUGCAUCUCGCAACCAGCUCGUCAUCCAUCGUAGCAGCAGUGUGCAGAACUUCGCUGAUCUCGAGUACUUAGGCAGGACUAGAGGCCUGGACUUCCGCUCGCGCGCGGAGGCGAUUUCGUUUCUGAGAUCUCCGCACGUCCGUACGUUCCGUGUUGGUCCCGGGCAGAGGUGGAGGGAGGUUUGCCCGCUCUGCCAUCAAAGUAUCCACGAACUGCAAGAUAGGGUGGACGUGGCGCAACGACCGGCGAUCACAUAUCAAGAGAAAACGGACAAGAAGAAGAUCUGGAGGCGAAGAAUCCUUCUAGCUGGCUCUGGUAUUGUGGUGGCUUAUGGAAUUUACAGGAUAUUAAGGUACAAAGGAUUAUGGGAAGUAAGGCGUGUCGCGACGGCACAAUGGCUCCAGGCGAACAUCCCGAAAAUUAACAAAUAAUAAUAUGGCAUCCACUAAAAUCUACGUACAGAACCAAUCGACACAAUAAAUAUUUUUUAAUCAAAUAAAGCGCUUUCAUUUGACUAUCCUACAUUUUUUUGUUAUUAUAAGAAGUGAAAUAUGUUUUGCAUUAUAUUUAAUAUUUCAAUGGAAGUUAAUAUUUCCCAAUCAUGUCAAAUAACAAGAGUAUAAAAAUAAAUGUUUAAUGUACAGUUAA